GCUUUGUUUCUGAUAACUUUCUGCCGUUUGGGAUGUCUGCGGAAUUAAUGUCUCAGGAUACCACUUCAUAAAUAGGCGUCCGUGCCGUGGUGUACUCCGUAGCUACCAAUGGUCAUGGCGAAGCAGCAGCAGCAUGACAAGGGGUCGCCAAAGCAAGCUCGCAACGAGCCCGCGCCACCCCCACAGCCGGCGCCGUUCCGGUUGGAGCAUUGCUGCCACUGCGACGGUGCCCACGGUCAGGCCGACGACGGGCCCAACGGUGCUGGCCCACUGCACCUGACUCUCGGCCCGGCCGCCGACCGCCGCCGCCGCUGCUCGUGCGGUGUCGCGCCGGCGCCGGCGGCGCCCGUGACUGUCGCCGUGCUCCGCGGGUCCCGGUACCUGAGGCCGGCGCAGGAGCUGCUGGGCGACGUCGUGCGCGUGGCCGACCUGGCGGCUGGCGACGACGAGGACGAGGAUCAGGCUGAUGCGGACCGGCUCGAGGGCGGUGGUCGUCACCGGUCGCUGCGUCGGGCCGCCGGGAACGACGGCGACGGCGUCCAGGACAAGCUCCUCGGCCUGCUCAGCGAGCUGGAGAGCCGGCGGGAGCGCUACUUCGGCGAGCUGGGGCGCGUGGUGUCGUCGUUCGAGCCGGCGCUGGGCGACGGCGCGGCGGCGGCGUACACGUCGCUGAUGGCGCGGGCCAUGGCGCGCCACUUCGGCAACCUGCGCCGCGCCAUACUGCGCAGGCUCAGGCUCCACGCCGCCGCCGCGGCGAGGAGGUCUCUGCGGCGUGGCGUCGAGGCCGGGGACCACGACCACGACGAGGACGAGGACGAGGAUGGGGACGAGGAGGUGACCGAGGAGCUGGUGGAGAGGGUGGCCCGGCGGACGAAGCUGGCCGCGGCGGCGCGGGCGGAGCAGGCGUCGUGGCGGCCGCUCCGUGGCCUGCCCGACGGCUCCGUGGCCGUGCUCCGGGCGUGGCUCUUCGACCAUUUCCUCCACCCGUACCCCGACGACGGUGAGAAGCUGAGGCUGGCGGUGACCACCGGCUUAAGCAGGCGCCAGAUAUCCAACUGGUUCAUCAACGCGCGCGUGCGGCUGUGGAAGCCCAUGAUCGAGGAGAUGUACCAGGACGAGUUCACCGAGGGUUCCGCCGUCUCCAGGGACGACGACGCCAGCGCCUCCUCCUCUUCUUGAUCACAGAGCGGCGUUUAUUUGUCUGGUCUAGCUACUAGUUCAUCAUUUGUUCCUUUUUUUUUAAAAAAAAAGAAAUGGUUGCCUUCCGUUAAAAGAUGUCAAGUUUAGCGAUGUACCAUUAAAGGAUCACUUGUUUGCUUUAUGACACCGAAAGGUCGUAACGUUAUUCGUUUAUAUUAUAUACUAGUACUUCCGUCAA